AUGGCAGAUUCCAUAGCUACCAGAAAUCCGUCUCCAUGCAAUUUCGUCGACUUGGAACGUAUGCCGCACUCAUUCUCAAAGCCACUAGCGGCAAAAGUAGGAGAUUCUAAAGUUUUGCCCUUUCUGGACGUUCUGUUAUUGGCACAAGGACUUCGCCAAAGCAAGACCCUUUGUUUCAGUGGAACUCAUGCCGCACAAGUCAUAUUGUCUUCCGCAGCUUCCAGCGGCUACUUAGAUGACGAUGACGAACGAAGCCCACUAUCGAAUGCUGUGAAUGGCUUGCCGCCGACUAUAAAUGCUCCAAACGCCUACAAAGUUGUUAUGGAAGGAACCAUUAAAGAAAAGAGAGCCGUGAAACCUUGUGGAGUUGCCAUGUGGUUCCAGGAUACUGACCAGGAUCUAUUUCGAUCAAAUCACAAUGCGACGAUAGAAUGAACAAUGCCUGCUCCUCCAAAAAAUCUGCAUCUAAUUUUUAUUUUUAUUUUCUUCUUUUCAGUUGUUUUCAGAUCACGCCAGACUAAACAUUAUCAUUAAUUAUUUAUCCGUCAUCUUUUUUU